AUGGACCAAACACAGAGAAGAAUCCUGGGCCAGCCCCUUUCUAUGCCCACCGCACAGCCCAAGAAGAAAAGGACUCCCAUGAUGUCUUUCUUUUCCAAGGUCUCUUGGAAGCUGAGGUUCCAGAAGAGGGAGCAUUUGAAGAAUGUGCUUUACAUCUUGGCAGAAAGAGCCCGGGACCCCAGUGCUAAAAAGCGUCACAUGGCAGUGAGAGGCCUGGGAACCAUGGCCUGUGAGAACCCCGACAAGGUGAGAAAGUAUAAGAAAGUUGUCCUAGACAUGCUGGUGCAUGGAUUGUAUGAUCCCAUGAGUUCGGAAGUCAUCCACGAGAGUCUGAAGACUCUGACCAUCAUCCUGGGCAAGAUCCAAGGGAAAGGUUUGGGCUCCUUCUUCAUAGACAUCACUCUUCAGACCAGGACUCUACUAGAUGACGAGAAUGACAGCCUGAGAUACUCGGCCUUUGUCUUGUUUGGGCAAUUGCCUGCCUUUGCUGGGCGGAAAUGGAAGAAAUUUUUCAUCGAUCAAGUUAAGCAGACUCAAGAUUCCCUCCUGAUCCAUUUACAGGACAGAAAUCCCCAGGUUGCCAAGGCUUGCAAAACCACAUUCCGAGCCUGUUCUCCCUACCUGAGGCAAAGGAAGGAGCGCAGCUUCCAGAGUGAGGACGAUCAAAGGAACCCCAAGCUCUGUAGGCAGCUGAGCCUCUACCAUCCCGAGCUCCUGCAGUACUUCUACGCAAAUAAGAUUCUGUAA